GUGUAAACAGUACUUUGGCUUGGCUGAGGUGAACUAAUUCCCUAGACAUGUGCUUUCUAUGAGUUUAGACUAUUAUACACCACUGAUACAAUUACAUAAAGCCAUUUCAGUGCUGCAUGGGAAAAUUCAACGGCUUACAGGAUUUAGUUAACUGGAUUAGUGCUAGAUUUAGGACCAGAAUGUGAAAAUAAUCAGUGAGCUCGUCUGUUCCUUGGGUAUAUAAGGAUCCUAGACAGAAGACAAACACAGUCGAAGAGAAACACAUACCUACAACUUCAUUGAAACUUCACCACUUGCUUUGUUCCAUUACAGAAAUGAAUUUCCAUAUGCUCGCCCUGGUGGUCGUGCUCCUGGUGGGUCUGGAGCAGAGCUGGGCUGCUUCCUGUGUGGUGGACAGCUUCACAGUCAAGGAGGACUUUGACCCCAAGAGAUACGCAGGGAAGUGGUAUGCUCUGCAGAAGAAGGACCCUGAGGGUCUGUUCCUCCAGGACAACAUCUCAGCGGAGUACACCAUCGGUGACGACGGCUCCAUGGUCGCCUCCUCCAAGGGCCGUGUCACACUGUUCGGAUUCUGGGUUGUGUGCGCUGACAUGGCUGCCCAGUACACUGUGCCUGACUCUGCCAACCCUGGAAAGAUGUUCAUGAACUACCAGGGCCUGGCCAGCUAUCUGUCCAGCGGAGGUGACAACUAUUGGGUGAUUGACACCGACUAUGAAAACUACGCCAUCACCUAUGCCUGCCGUACCCUAAAGGACGAUGGAAGCUGUGAGGAUGGUUACUCCCUUAUCUUCUCUCGUAACCCCCGUGGCCUGCCCCCAACCAUCCAGAGGAGCAUUCGCGCCAAGCAAGAGGAGAUCUGCAUGGCCGGACAGUUUGAGCCUGUGCUGCAGUCUGGAGCUUGCUAAACGUCUACCACAAAGGAACUUGUGCUGCCAAAGGAUCCCUACUGGCUUGGACAGAGACACCUACUGACGACUGAAGAGGGAAAUUGCAUACAAAUGAUUUUUUUAUGAAAGUAAUUCUAUGCCCCCUUAAAUAAAAGGGCGUGACACCUGCACCAACCCAAUCACUUCAAUUGAUUUAGAAAAAUGUACUGAAUGUGGUGUACUGUACAUCACAUAAUUACCUAAAUCAAUAUUAACACCACAGUGUUGUUUCACUCAUUCACUUUUCAUCAGUUUGUGUUGGCGACAAUAAAACAUUUGAAGGUAA